GAACUCCUCCCCCAUCGGCUCCAAAUCCAGCUUCUCCUCCCCUCUCGACCUCUCCUGGCAGGCAGCGACAAUCCAAAGAUAAGCGCAACCGCCUCCCACUCCUCGAUCUCCAUCCCUAUUUGAGGAUCCCACCGGCCUCCUAUUCUCCUUCCACGACACGAGGAGCCAAGAACCCAAUCCAUCCGAGAAAGCAAGCAGGCGAUUUUGAGAGAGAUUGAAAGGAGCGAUUUUUGAGGCAGGCAGGCAGAGAAGGGAACCAAUAUCCAUGGCGGCGGUGAUGGUGGCGAGGCAGGGCCGGGAGCUGCAGCGGUACAGCGACAGCACGGGCGGGCGCAUCGUGGUGGGGUGCAUCCCGUACCGCCUCCGCGCCGGCGGCGAGGUGGAGGUGCUGGUGAUCAGCUCGCAGAAGAAGGGUCCUGCGGGGGGUGUGCUGAUCCCCAAGGGCGGGUGGGAGUUGGACGAGUCGAUGGACGAGGCGGCCCGGCGCGAGGCCGCGGAGGAGGCCGGCGUGGUCGGGGAGACGGGCGCCCCGCUGGGCCGGUGGUGCUACCGCAGCCGCAGCUACGACGCGACGUACGAAGGCUUCGUGCUCCCGCUGCGCGUCACGGCGGAGCUGGAGCGGUGGCCCGAGAUGGGCGCCCGCCGCCGGGAGUGGGUCUCCCCCGCCGAGGCCGUAGCGCGGUGCCCGCACGCGUGGAUGCGCGAGGCGCUGCAGCGCUUCGCCGGCACCGUCGUCGAGGCCGACGCCAACGCCACGACGGCGCUCCUCGGCUCCGCCCUGUAGCCGAGCGCGCGGGCUCCCUGGCUGGCCUCGCGCGUUUUUCGGCCGGCCGGCCUGCCGCACGCGCGCGGCGGGAGGCUCCGGCUGCUCCGCGGCCGCCGCCGGCGGAACGGAGAUAUGGGUAUACGGUAGUAGAUCGGUGAUGGGAUGCGACCAUUGUACUGUGACCAAAUCGAUGUCACAAGGACAAGACUUUGUACAGUCCUGGCCGGUUUGGGGAGAUUUUCUUUCAGAAACAUGUAAAUCUGACGUAGUAGUUGACACAAUUGUUCAUUGUGACACGAACAAGGAACUGAAACGGCAGCAAAGAUGCACCAACCUGUGACUCGCUUCCAUCGCCGAA